AAAGACCUUGAACCACACUUCAUCUGUACCGCCUAGGAGUGUUUGUGUUUGGGUUUGAGGUAUUUCACUGCCUUGUUUAUUGGUCAGCGGCAAAAUGAAACACCUCAAAAACGAGUGAGGCCAAGUGGCAAUGGCCCUAAACUUUUAUGCCGUCUUAGCCUGUUGCAUACAAGAAAAGAAACCUGAGAGAGGUAAUGUUGAAGGUCAUACGUAAGCUAAACAUAGCAAAAACAAGCAACUCCCCUUAGUUAUACAUGUAUACUUGCCCCCACUUGCUCUAUAGAAGACGAGAUCGUCGUCCUUUUAGGGAGAACCGCAAUCAGCUUUUAUCGAUUAGAUUAAAAAUAUUGAAAAAAUAAACUGUGCAACCAAAAAGAAAUUAGUUCCAGUCGUUCCAUCUGUCACACAUCUCUAUAAUUCGAUCUUUACACUGAAAUUUUAAACCAUAUAUAUAUAUCUGAUUCAUAGCACCAUCGCCUCCGAACAACUGUAUUUACUUGAAUCCUUUUUAAAGCUGUUUCUGCCAAAUUGCCAACCCUUUUUAUUUUUUUAUUUCUGUGUUCAGGCCCGCAACCAUUCCGGACAUCUAUCGAGGCUAUCACUAAUUAAAAAAGUUUUAUAUAGAAUUUCAUUUAACAGCUAGUUGUAUCACUUUGACAUUUUACUUCCCAUAACCUUACUUAUGCACAUCCCCAUCCUUACCCAGGGUAAAGACAAACAGACAUGGACUUCUACAACAAAGUCCAAAAAUAAGUCCCCGGUGCUUCCUGCUAUCAAUACCUCAAUUCCCGAUUACAAAAGACCACCUCCAGUAAAUUUCGAAGUUUCUGGAUCCACCACCAGCUCCAGUCCCACCUCCAUUUCCAACUCCCGGUCUGGUACCGGCUAUCCCUUCGAGGAGCCCACAUCUCCUAGUUCUAUCACCAGAAGGCAGUUGAGUGAAAAGAUUAGACAAACGCCUUCUUCCUACGUGAGAAACUCUCGAGUGUUCUCAAACGACUUUGACGGCACCUUGGCCCAAUCUGAUUCAUUCAACUCCUUAUCCAACCUACAGUCGAGCAAAAAUGUCAAUAGCUUUUCCAACGUGCUUUUGGCCAAUAAAUCCGUGCCUCCCGAGUUGUCUCCCAUCGUGUCGUUGUUCAAUAGCCAUAACUUCCGAACAUACUACGCAGGCGAAAUCUUGUUAUUCAGACACGGUGAAUGGGACUCAGUGAGCAGCAAAUUGACGGGCAACGAGUUAUCACUUUGGUAUCAAGAUGAGACGUUCAACCCCACAUACUACAACUUGUUUGACUACAAUAUCACAUUGGACGCUUCCAAUUGGGUGGUGAAGUUCUCCAAUGACUUGAAUGAAAGCUUCUACAACUUAAUUUUGAGGGCCACCUGCCAAGAAGAUUAUGUGAAUUGGGUCACAGCUUUGUUUUUAUCCAACUAUGAAAAGUUGUCGUUGAACGAAGCAUUCACGGCCGUAGUUUUGAGUAUGAUCGGUCCCAAAUUGUCUGAUAUCCAUACUUUAUUGUCGAAGAAGAAGUAUCCAAAGUUUGAGUGGUGUAAUAUCAGAUUGCCGCAAAUUAACCAUAAAUGGUUGAGGUGCUAUGUGGCCAUCCACCCCUCGAGUUCCAAGAAAUCCGGCAGGAUCGAAAUCUACCAGCUGGAGAAGACCACUAAGAAAAACUUGAUUUGUUACAUUACGGGUGUCACCAACGUGUAUAACAUAUUUCCUGAAAAUGUGAACAUGAUAGAGUACAACUCAAUCAUGAAGUUGAAUGGAGAAGUAUACGUGAACAGCGGAGUCGAACACUUGUUUUUGUCUUCCCAGCCAUCGGCCUCCAGUGGUGCGUUUAGCAGAGCCCAUAGGAGGGCCACUUCUGGAUCUUCUUUCUUUAGUGCAUCGUCAUCACCUCCUUCUUCUCCCAAGAUCAAGUCAAGCCAAAGUUUCAUCAACACAAACUAUAUUUACAUGAUGCCCGACAAUCACCCUGGUGUACAGGCAAUUGAGACGAUGAUCAGAAACUAUAUUCCAAUUUUGGAUGCUUUCAAAUUGUACGGAAGACCAAAGCAAUUGAACUCUGACAAAUACGAUAAGCACUCCCUCCUCUUUGGUUUACCAUCGUUGCCCCAUUACGAGUACUUAUCAUUCGAUGAUGCUAGAGAAAUCGUUGAUUUGCACUUGAGUGAAUCUCAGCACUCGAGCUGGUCUUUCACCGAGUGGAACAAUGCUUUCAAGCAUAUGGUCGAGUUCAAAAUGGCUAAUGAGAAUUAUAAAGGAAAUGGAAACAUUUCGGUGUUGUAUAAGUCAUUGGAAUUGGAUGACUCGGACUUAUUGUCCAUAAAAUCCUUGCCUGAUAUCAACUUCCCUCAAGGUGCCACCAACGAAUUUUCACCUUCUCCAGUACCUGGAGGCUCACCUCCAGAUUCACCUUCUAUUGAUAACAACUUGGCAUCAUCCGGCUUUAACAUCGUCACCACGCCUUCUAGAGUUGCAUCCUCGUCGUUCCCUGAUUCUCCAAACUCCACUGGGGCUUUUAGAUUUGAUAAUUUCGAAAAUUACAACAAUAUCGACAAAGUUGCCAGUCCGGUUACUCAAUUAGGAGAGCUCGAUGAGCCCAUCAAAUUUCAUCCUUAUAGACAAAGAGCAUAACUUUAUGAGCAUGAACAUGAAUAGAUUAACAAAACUGUACCAAAUGGCUGAACAAGGGUUCAAUCCAGCAUUGUAUCUGAUUAUACCCAAAAACCACUUUCAGCAAAAUACCCCGUUGUUGCUUUAUUGGCGACGAGGUUUUAUUUCUUGUAUGAUAAAUUGAGAUUUACUUUUAUGUUGUUAAAUAUAUCUUUUGUUUUUAUCCGAUUAACGGAUCGAUAGAUUACAGGCUUAUUUCUUUACGUACACGUCUAAACACGAAUGGGUUGUGGAAACUUGCUACUCGCUACUCGUCUUGUUUAUUUUUUAAAACACGUCUGUACACGCGUUUCCUGUUUGAGUAGGACAUAAACAGUGUAUGGAAUUGUGAUGGAUUUGUAGUAAACAUUAACAAUCUUAACGAGCCACUUUGAAAAUUUUGAUCCUUGAAUCACAAGGCAUUCUCCAAGUGAUACAAUACCAUCAAAAGAAGCGUUCAACUCUCACCUUUUAUCUCAUACUGAUAUUGCCAAUACAAGUCAUCACGGUAUUGGUUCAAAAGCGUGUUGUGCGAAAAGCCAUCACCUAAUUUUAAACGCAAGUUUCGACGCGGUUUGGAAUUCUUACAUCUUGUUUUGUUUUGAUACCCGUUCAACGGAAAAGUACAUAUAAAAAGUAUAAAAACCAAGGAUUGCCCCCCUAUUUCAUAUAGAUUUUAAUUAGAGAAUUUUAUCAAAAAGCUUUCCAUUCAUUAACACAACUAUCAAUGUCUGUCCAAGAAACUCCAACCAAAGGCUUAACUGGCCAAAUCUCCAACUUAGGUAUGGCCACUCCAAAGGGUGCCUCUUUGACCGAUAAAUUGGCUGCCGAAGCUGAAGCCAAGGACGUCGCCCAGACCGUCUUCACCAGUAAAGACUUAGCUGCUUUAAAAGAAAGAGAACUCCAACCUAUUAAAGUCUCUCCAGAAGAAACCAAGAAGUCUUUGGAAAAACACAAUGCUUUCUUGAGAAAACAUCAAGUCCACAGACACGAGUUGAAGGCUUUGGAAAAGGAUGAACCUUUGUUGGUUGAAAACACCAAAAGAUUCGUUUUAUUCCCAAUCAAAUACCAUGAAAUCUGGCAAAUGUACAAAAAAGCUGAAGCUUCGUUCUGGACUGCCGAAGAAAUUGACUUGGGUAAAGAUACCCAUGAUUGGAACAACAGAUUGAACGAUAACGAAAGGUUUUUCGUCUCCAGAAUUUUGGCUUUCUUUGCCGCUUCCGAUGGUAUUGUCAAUGAGAACUUGGUUGAAAACUUCUCUGCUGAAGUUCAGGUUCCUGAAGCCAAAUGCUUUUACGGUUUCCAAAUUAUGAUGGAGAACAUUCACUCCGAAACUUAUUCCUUGUUGAUUGACUCAUACAUCAAGGAUCCUAAGGAGGCUGAUUUCUUAUUCAAUGCCAUUGAAACCAUUCCACAAAUCAAAAGAAAGGCUGAUUGGGCUUUGAGAUGGAUCAACGAUAGUGAUGCCUUGUUCGGUGAAAGAUUAGUUGCUUUUGCUGCUGUUGAAGGUAUUUUCUUCAGUGGAUCUUUUGCUUCCAUCUUCUGGUUGAAGAAGAGAGGUUUGAUGCCAGGUUUGACUUUCUCCAACGAAUUGAUUUGUAGGGAUGAAGGUUUGCACACCGACUUUGCAUGUCUUUUGUUCUCUCACUUACAAAAUAGACCAAACCCAGAAAUUGUCGAACAGAUCAUCACUGAAGCCGUUGCUAUUGAAAAGGAAUACUUCACUGAUGCCUUGCCAAUCAGUUUAUUAGGUAUGAACUGCACAUUGAUGUGUCAAUACGUUGAAUUUGUUGCCGACAGAUUAUUGGUUGCUUUGGGUAACGAAAAGGUGUACAAUACCACCAACCCAUUCGACUUCAUGGAAAACAUCUCCUUGGCUGGUAAGACAAAUUUCUUCGAAAAGAGAGUCAGUGAUUACCAAAAGGCUGGUGUUAUGGCUUCCACUUCUACCACUGAAGUCAAAACCGAAAGCGGUUUCACUUUCGAUGAUGAUUUCUAAAUCAAGUUACUCCACUUCUUUCAGUGGAACAAACUUUCAGUUCGUUAGGGUUGGUUUUCACUCAUAAUUUUGCUACACGAUUAUAUGUAAUGUUUAUGUAAAUACAAUAAAAAAGUCACAUUUUCACCUUCAAAGAUUUUGUCUGAUUAUAUUGGGCCGACCCUUACUAGCUUGUGUUUUAUUGAAGGUAUUACUUGAAAUGGGCUUGUUUUCGAGGUGGUGGG